AUGCCUUUUCAUGACUGGGAAAAGACUCCAAACUUUGAUCCUGCCAAGAUUUCUGUUAACUCGCCACGUUGGGUCAAUUAUAAGGGAUCUCUUCUUACUAAGGCCCAGGAAAUGGCAGACGACGCCCAUAUUAGUCAAGAUUUCAUCUCCUCAGUUAUCGCGGGAGAAGCGUUUGCCGACGCCUCCCUUUUGGCCUUCCGUGACUCAAGUUCCUUUAGAGCGGGUGAACUCCAUCGCCAUUUAGAUCAAUGGGACAAGUUAUUUCAAUCGUCUGAUAACAAUUUCUCUGAAGUACUGGACUGGAUUCAUAACUUUAUCCACGUUGACAAGUUUUUCACCCAUUAUAAAGGAAGCUAUAAGGGAGUCAAUUAUAACUGCGAAAGACCGCCUGCUCGCAUUUUUGCUAAUCAUCCUUCUUGUAAGGCGUUUGCCCAGUUUAUUUCUGAUACUCUUAUCGAGAGAUUAGCUUCAGGCGCCAUCUCCCUCUGGGGCAAGGUAGGGGAAUGUCCACCUCCACACCUGGUCAUGCCGCUUACAGUAGAACCUACUAAACCACGCCUUUGUAAUGACGACAGAUUUCUCAACCUUUGGACUCAAGACCGCCCUUUUAAAUUGGACAGUGUUCAGCACUUACCCAAGUAUGUUCUCCCUGGCUUCUUUCAAACUGUCUGCGAUGACAAAUCCGGUUACGACCAUAUCCAACUCUCAGUGGACAGCCGGCCGGACAUUUUUUGGAUUCGAGUGGGGCGGAUGGUUUUUUGUCAGUUGUUGUAUUCCAUUUGGUUGGAAAUCGUCCGCCUACAUUUAUCACUCCACUGGCCUCCUUGCCUCUCAUUAUCUACGGUCGCUUGGCAUUCCUUCUUCGCUGUACAUCGACGACCGUCACAGUAGUCAGCUUUCUUUCCCUAAUGGUUGUCUUCCGGUUGCUUAUCAAAAUUUGCCCUCCCAGGAUAGCAUUAAUUUGGCUUUAGCCAACGCUGCUAUCUUUCUUACGUGUUUUAUCCUUUCCUCCCUCGGUUAUUUUAUUGGUUUGGAUAAAUCGACUUUGGUACCUUGCAAGCAAGUCUCUUACUUGGGUUUUAUUUCCGAUUCUGAGAAACAGGCCUUCAUGUUAUUGCCUCACAAGAAAGAAAAGUUUCUUACUCUUCUCAAGCAGGCUCUUAGUUCAGAAUCCAUCGACCUGGUUACUCUCCAAAGGUUAGGAGGGAAGUGCAUUUCAAUGGUUCUGGCCGUGCCAGGUGCAAGGCUUUAUACAAACGAAAUUAACUUGGCCCUUUCUCGUGCUGUGCGCUCAUCUCGACCGGUCAAACUAUCCGGGCCCUUGAGACAGGAGUUGGAGCAUUGGCUCUUUUUGGAAACCUGGAACGGCUUCCUUCCUUGGCGUUCCGAGAAACACUGCCAUUUUCGUUUGUUCUCGGAUUCUUCCUCUUUUGCUUGGGGAGGUGUAUUGAGUCCGGGUGCCAUUACUGUUAGCACUUUCGACUACUGGGAUUCUUCUGUUAUUGGGGCCGACAUUGCUACCAAGGAAACUCUUGCCCUCAACAAUGCCUUACAAUCCUUUGGGAAUACGGUAAGAAACUCAUGGGUGGAUGCAUUUGUUGACAGUCAGGUUUUGCUUCACUCUUGGAACAGGCGUGGUUCCCGUUCCCACUCUUUGGUGACCGCUCUUAAGUGCUUGUUUCAAACUACCAUGCAUCUUAACGUUGAUCUGCAUGUCUACUAUGUUCCUGGCCCUGAGAACCCUGCGGAUUCUCCCUCCCGUCGGCUAAGCUUUCAGGACUCUAGACUUAGUCCAAAAACGUGGGAUUUGGUCCAAAGUCUGUAUGGCGGUCCUAAAGGUCACUCCGUUGAUCUUACGGCACAAGCUUCAAAUGUCCAAACUGACCUAUCUGGCAAACCUCCACCAUUUUUUUCUGAAAGUCCCUUAGUUAAUGCUUUGGGGGUUAAUGUGUUUGCACAAUCCCCUAACUUGUAUCGACCUGAGAUUUUUUCGAAUCCUUACAUUUUCCCGCCCAUUUGCCUUAUUCCCAAGGUCUUUAAGUAUCUUAAUAGCCUUAAGUUGCCAUACACCUUUGUUGUCCCAGACGUGAUCCCACAUCGUUUUUGGUGGCCUUUGCUUCUGUCCGCAUGCUCUUCCAGCUCCUUGCUAGCCUCUAAAGGGGCUAGUGGCGUUCUUCUCACCCCUUCCAGGGAUGGUAUCUUGGGUGACAGGCCGAUCCCCUGGGACCUUUGGGUUUUCCGGAUUUCAAAUAAUUAGACUCGCAGUAUUUCAUACUGUUUAAGGAUUAUCAAGCGAGCAAAUCCAUUUUGCUGUUGCAUUUGAUGUGUUUCUGUCAUUAAGAUGUAAUUUCAAUAAAGUCAUCGAGUCUUGUACUUUUCGUCUCUCCUUAAUUUUAUUUAGUUAUUUUCAACUAUAUUUGGUAUUUAUUCUCAUUUAGUCUUUCAUCUGUCUUCCCUAUUAGGAUCUCCCCACAAGUACAGCGGUUUUUUAUCCCCGCUGUAGCUUGCCCUUCAUGUGCUUAUGCCAACGACCAUUUGUUUCGUUUUUGCCAAAUGUGUGGCUACAAAAGAAAGUCAGUCCCACGUCAGCCUGCCUCGAAAAUAAAAGUGGAUCUCGCAGCCAUUGAUGCUCGUUUGCAACAGCUUACACAAACGGCCAACACGUCUUCGUAUUCAAAGCAAAAAUCCUCUUUGCGUGGAGUUUGAAACCUUUUUAGCCUCUUUGCCUAAUACAAAGUCUAUCUAUUCCGCCACCCCCGAAGAUGUUUCGCGUUUUCUGAUUUGGAAAGAUCGUCACGGGAAAAGGGUUGUCCAUGUAGCUGAAUGUGUAAAUGCCCCAAACCAAGAUGCUUCUGAUUGCGGUUUCCCCAAGCGACUCGCGUUUAAAACCGUGGAUUCCUAUAUUGGAAAACUUCGUGCAAUAUUUAACGAGGCCGGCCGUUCUGGCGAAUGGAAUAGUAUGCUAGGUUUUGGUAAUCCUGCUGCUUCUUCUCCAGUCCAAGGUUAUCUUAAGGCUGUAUCUGAGGAACAAUUGCGUGCUCAUAUCGUCCCCAAGCAAGCAGUCCCGUUUUUUCUACCGAAGCUCUUACUUCUGGCAAGGUUAUGGGAUAGAAAAAUGGCGGAUCCGGCAGUCAGCCCUUCCGCUCUCUUUAUUCUGGCUCGAGAUCAAGCAUUCUUUAAAACUCUAUUCUUCAGCGCGGAUAGAGGUUCUGAUCUGGGAUGUGUGAAAACCGCAGAAAUUAUGCGUUUCCCUAAAGACGAUGGCUUUUUAUUUAAUCAUGUUUGGGGUAAAACUUUACGAGACGGCGCCUAUAACGUCUUUGGAAUUCGUCGCCAUUCAAAUCCCCAGCUUUGCCCGGUCAAGGCAAUUGAAACAUAUGUGGCUGUCACCUCAGAACUACGCAUAACUCUCUCCAACGGCUACUUAUUUCGCCCCACUAAUCACCAGGGUCAUAUCGUCAAUAUGCCCCUUACAAGUUCUUCCGCAGAAGCCCGCUUGAAAUAUUAUUUAAAGGACGCGAAAAUUGAUGAAGGCGAGACUCUGCACGGUUUCCGCUCGGGCUCCGCCAUUACCCUCGCUUUGUCUGGAUCACAGCUCGCUGAUGUGAUGUCCCACGUGGGUUGGUCCAACAUGGGUACUGCCCUUUACUACAUGAAGUUAGCUGAAGUUCUUCGUGAAGGAUCUCCUUCUGACUUAUUGUCUUCAAACGAGUUGGCGGCCUCCGCCUCCACAACUUUAUAUGCGGAUCUUAAUCGCUUAAAAGACUUCGUUUCUGCGUUUCCUCGUUCCUAA